AUGAGCAAUGCUGGCAGCGAAAAGCUGACAACGGAUCACAACGUGGAAAGCCUUGAUUUGAGCGGACAAUGCAUGGAUACGCGGCUAUUCACCCAGACCCCCGGGCAUCCUGAGCAACAGAGAGAGAGGAACAUAAAGGUCUCUCCUGUUCUUCCUUGGUCCUCCCACAGACCAUCUGCGGCUUCCAUCUUGCGAUUCCUACCACCCCGACCCGUCGCAGACUAUUUAAUAGCGGUCUACUUCAACACCGUUCACUGGUUCGUUGUCGUGGUUCAUGAAGGUAAUUUUCUUCAUAAUUACCGGGAAAUGAUAGACCUGUACGCGCGAGACGAGCGAUUGAUACCGAAUGGAGACGAGAGCUUCACAUUUGCGCUGUUGAUUCUGACAAUAGUGGCCAUGGGAGGGCGAUAUACCACUGUUCAUGACGCGCGCCACCGUCACUGUAUGCAGCAAUUUUCUCAAAGCGUCGCCCCCACGGAAGGUCCAAGUCUCAUGCCAUCCGAUGGUCAGGAGUUUGAUAUCAGCGAAUCGGUGUCCCGACUUUUCUCGGUAGUUCACAACAAUUCGACGGACAACCUUGCAUGCGGCAAUAUAUCCACAUUGCAGUCGAUGCUGUUGCUCGGGAACCUGUAUUUAUAUCAUGGACACUCAAAUCUGGCCUUGUCACAGUCAGCUUGCACUAUCAGAAUUGCAUAUGCGCUGGGGCUCCAUAAGGAGGAUUCCGAGCUGUGCUGGGCUUCGCCAUAUUAUCAAAAAAUGGAUUUCAUGGAGAGACGCCAGUUGAAAUCGCGCCUUUUCUGGGCAGUUCACACAUCAGACCGAUUCCUAGCCAUGUGCUAUGGUUUGCCACCUCUCAUCGCCGAUGAAGACUGCGUCGCUGAUAUUCCACGUGACGAUUGCGCAUACCCAGAAAAAGGAUCUUCUUCAUUCUUAAUGUUAGAUGUCGACCCAGCCAGGAUGUCUCCCAACUCAACAACACUUCUCACCUACCAAACACAUAAAUUGAAAUUUUAUGUCAUUCUGGGACAUAUAGUUCAGUCACUUCACCGACCAACGACGGGCGGGCUUGGGAGUAUUGGUGUUCUGCCACCGGGAUUCUCAACCCCAUCCAUGUCAGCUCAUGGCCCCCAGUCACAAUCCGAACACAUGUAUCAAGAUCUUCCGGCUAUCCUUCGAAUUCCCGACAAGCCACACUGCCACGACGCCGAUACCGAUGUCGAUGUCAAUGACUGUGAUGGUGAUGACGGUAUUGUUUUUCCCGAGCACGAUGACAUAUUCCUGGAAUCAGUCCACUUACAGGAACGGCGCGCAAGAAUCAAGAAUUCAAUAUACGGAAUGCAGGCCCUAUUGCUGCAGGUUGCAUAUGAUCAUGCCUUGAUUUUAAUUCAUCGACCUAUUUUGACACUCACAUUCAACGAAUUGUCAUUUGUCGGUGUUCACCUAUUCGCCGCUGGAGUUAUUCUCAGUGCUUUCGCACGUAGCAAUCCACUCGGCCAGUGGGCACUGGAAGCAAAGAAAGGGCUCGGCAGGGUCAUAAGAAUGCAGCGCCGCUUGAAAGCCAAAGCAAUAGUCUCAGCCCAGAGUCUUGAUAUUCUGCAGAAGCUGGCCCAUGAGAUUAUGAAAAAGGAAGAGGAAGCAAUACUCAGUGAAGAGCCCUGUUAUGACCCCCUUCGAAAUAGUGAAUGUUACAAAUCCCACACAGAAAAGCUCAACGAGUGUUCAGUGACACAGCUGCAUGAGGAUACGGCCUUUGAAAAUCCUCAAGCUGAUGAUGGUAAUCUCGCUUCAUCUUCAGAAUUCGAUACCGAAGAGAAGGGGGGUGAUUUACUUUACGAUUCCUUUUUUGAUCUGAGUAACUCUAUGGCGGAGGUUGACAAGCUUUUGCUGAAUGCGUGUUCUUUUCAACUAUCAGACUUCGAUAGCUCGUACUUCACAGACCAAGUCUGA